AUGGACCCGUACGGAGCCGGGCCCAAUGGCUUCACACCCGCCCAGCUGGAUGUGCUGCGCUGCCAGAUAGUGGUGUAUAAGCAGCUCCGCGCGGCGCCGGAUCAGCCCAUCCCCCCUCAGACGCUGGCAGGGUCGAUCCCCCCUCCCCUGACGCGGGCGGGACCGCUGUACGAGCUGGCGGCGGCCCACGAUCCGACACCGGCCUCCUCCAAGCAUGGCCCAUCCCUGCCCACGCUGCCGUAUGCCCUGAACAUCCUGCCCCUCCUGCAGUCCGAGUUUGCCCGCCUCGUGACGCAGCGCCAGCGUGAGGCCGCGGCCCAGGCGGCCGCCACUCUCGCCUCCCCGGACGCCGCGCCGGGGUUCGCGUGGAGGAGCCCGGCCCUGCCCCGCGGGCAGGCCGCGCUGCAGGCGCGCAGGCUGGCGCUGCUGCCGCGCCAGCACGCGCUGCGCGCGGCGGUGGAGGCCGCGCAGGCCGAGAUCGCGGCCAUGCCGCCGGCCAAGCACCGGCUGCUGCGGGCGCACGAGCGCCUGGCGCGGGAGAGGAACAAGCUCAAGGGCGACGACCGACAGCUGCGCCUGGAGGCCCUCAAGGCGCACGACUUCGAGGCGUACCAGGAGAUGCUGCGCGCCCAGUCCACGGGCGCCGCCUCGGCGGGGGAGAAGUACGUUGCCAUCUCCAAGUUCCUCAAGGACACGGAGGAGUACCUCAUUCGCCUGGCCAGCAAGAUCGCCGGGGUCAAGCUGUCCGCCGAGGUGUCCAAGGCCACUGCCGACGCCAUAGUCAAGGCCCGGGCGCAGGGCCUGAGCGAGGAGGACGUCCAGGCGGCGGCGCACGCGGCCGCCCAGGACGCCGCCUCCAACAGCGCCGUGCUGCGGGCGGCGGGGGGCGGCGGCGGCCCCUCCGACGCCCAGUCGCACUACUACGAGCUGGCGCACAGCAACCGGGAGGCCAUCGCGGAGCAGCCGUCGCUGCUCCGCCCGCCGGGCGACGCCAAGCUGCGCGAGUACCAGCUGGUGGGCCUGCAGUGGAUGGUCAGCCUGUACAACAACCACCUCAACGGCAUUCUGGCCGACGAGAUGGGGCUGGGCAAGACGGUGCAGGCGAGUGAGGCCGUGAUGGCGCUGAUCGCGUACCUGAUGGAGCACAAGUCCAACUACGGCCCCCACCUGAUCAUCGUCCCCAACGCGGUGCUGGUGAACUGGAAGAGCGAGCUGACGCAGUGGCUCCCCGGCGCUCGCUGCGUCUACUACGUCGGCACGCGGGACGAGCGCGCGCGGCGCUAUGCGUCGGAGGUGCAGAGCCUGCAGUUCAACGUCCUGGUCACCACCUACGAGUUCAUCAUGCGCGACCGCGCCAAGCUGGCCAAGAUCGACUGGCAGUACAUCGUCAUCGACGAGGCGCAGCGCAUGAAGGACCGCCAGUCCAAGCUGGCCAAGGACCUGGACCGCUUCACGGCCGCCCGGCGCCUGCUGCUCUCCGGCACCCCCCUCCAGAACGACCUGCUGGAGCUCUGGUCCCUGCUGAACCUGCUGCUCCCCGAGGAGAAGCGCGUGGUGGUCAUCCACCGCCUGCACCAGAUCCUGGAGCCCUUCAUGCUGCGGCGCCAGGUGGAGGACGUGGAGAGCAAGCUGCCAGCCAAGGUGGCGAUGACGGUGCGCGUGCCCAUGACGCCCUACCAGUCCGCCAUCUACGACUGGGUCAAGGCGACGGGGACGCUGCGGCUGGACCCCAGCGCGCCUCAGGAGUACAAGAUGAAGCGGCAGUUUGCCUCGCUGAACAACAAGUGCAUGGAGCUGCGCAAGCUGUGCAACCACCCGCUGCUCAGCUACCCGCCGCUGGACUGGGGCCUGGGCGACGCCAUCGUGCGCCAGUGCGGCAAGCUGGUGGUGCUGGACCGGCUGCUGGUCAAGCUGGUGGCCACAGGGCACCGCGUGCUGCUCUUCAGCACCAUGACCCGCCUGCUGGACCUGCUGGAGGUGUACCUGCGGCGGACCAUGGGCUACCUGCGCAUCGACGGCACCACAGCGCUGGAGGACCGGGAGCGCGCCAUCCAGGCCUUCAACGCCCCCGACUCUGACGCCUUUGUGUUCCUGCUGUCCAUCCGCGCCGCGGGGCGCGGGCUCAACCUGCAGAGCGCCGACACGGUGGUCAUCUACGACCCCGACCCCAAUCCCAAGAACGAGGAGCAGGCCAUCGCCAGCAUCGAGUCGCUGGUGCGCAACCAGAUCCAGCGCGUGAAGAUCGACAUGGCCAACGAGGUGAUCGACGCGGGGCGCUUUGACCAGCAGACCACCAACGACGAGCGGCGGCAGACCCUGGAGGCCCUGCUCAAGGAUGAGGCGCGGACGAGCCAGGCGCAAAACACGGUGCCCACGUGGCGGGAGCUGAACGAGCAGCUGGCGCGUGGGCCCGACGAGCUGGCGCAGUUCGAGGCGCUGGACGCGGCGGUGGACUGGAUGGAGCCCGCGCCCGUGAGUCACAUCCCCCCCUGGAUGGCCUGGACGCCCGAGGACCUGGCGGCCGCGCAGCGAGCCGCCGCGGACCGUGGCCGCCCCAAGAACGUGGCGGCGGAGCUGGCGGCGCUGACGGGGACGGAGGACGCGGUGACCAUCGCUGGGGACGACACGGAGGAGGAGGAGCUGGGCCAGAACCUGGCCACCGACGACGACGCGGCGACGACGCAGGCCACCACGGGGGCCGGGGGAGCCGAGGGCAGUCCCGGCCCCGCCAAUGCACAGGCCCUGCAGCACGUCCAGUCCACCGCGCGCAUGGGGGAGGGCGGUGUGGGCAGCGCGGAGGCCGGGCCGCCGGCCAAGCGGCAGCGAGCGGACGAGGCCGCUGAGGGGAAGUAG